AUGACAUCAGAAACACAAGAGUCGCGUACUCCCAGUACGCCCCGUAUUCAAAAAAAUGUGAGAGCUAAAACACCAAAAUCGGUGUUAAAGAAAACAAUUUUAACAUAUGACGUGGAUGAUUCAUAUGUAGAAGAAGAAGACACAACCUAUCUUUAUGACGAAACGACUACUUCAGCUAUUAGUGAAGAUGAAGAUGAAGUGUAUGAGGAAGAAAUAGAAGAGGAAGAUUUUGAUCUUGAUGAUACAGAAGUUGAGAUUGAAAGUGUAGAAAUUUCCAAGACAGAAAAACUUGAAUCAGAAAAUGAAAACGUGAAUGAAGAAAAGCCAGAGGAAUCCGAAUUCCAUAAAUUUCUUAUUAAACAUGAGAUCCCAAGAAAGAUCUUACACUGUUCCAUAGGUUUCAUUACGCUAGUGAUGUUUGCCUUAGGUGUACCACAACUGCAAUUUGUUGCACCACUGACAGCGUUAUUCGUUAUUAUUCUUAUAAAUGAUAUUGUACGUCUCCGUGAUCCAGAAUUGAACAAGAGAAUCGUGGCUAGAUGGUGGUUCAUAGUUAGAGAUAGUGAAGUUAACUCGUAUAAUGGAACAUUAUGGUAUUUAGCCGGGGUUAUAAUACUUUUUCUUUUAGCUCCAAGAGAUAUUCUUUUUAUGGGAAUAUUAUUGUUGAGUUGGGCUGACACAGCAGCAUCAACUAUAGGCCGUCAAUAUGGUAAAUAUACUCCCCAAAUUGUUCCUGGUAAAUCUCUUGCCGGAACAUUAGCCUGUUUCUCAGUAGGUGUUUCCUGUUGUUAUUUAGUUUAUGGUUACUUUAUUCCUAAGUUUGACAAUCAACCAGGAUAUAUUAUGUGGACUCCAGAAUCAAGUGCUUUAAAUUUACAUUCCUAUGCAUUAAUAUCUGGUGUUAUUGCAAGUGUUUCGGAAUUUGUUGAUAUUUUUAACAUCGACGAUAACUUCGUUAUUCCUGUUGUUGGUGGUGGGUUGCUUUAUGGCCUUGUUAAGCUUUGUCAGAUUUAA